GCAUCCGAACGUACGGGAGAGGAUGGCGACUGAGAACCGAGACGGCAGAUACCAGCCCAACGAGACACCCUAUGGCCAUCGCGCGCAGUCCCAUGAUGGACCGAUUGUCAUUGAAGAAGGCGCUCGAAACAAUCUAGACUUGGGAGAUGGAGAAGUCAACAAGCAGCGACAAAAGAUCUUGCCUCAGUUCAAGUUCAUCUUGUUCAUGAUCUUUGUGAACGUCAUCGUUUUUGUCGUGGAAAUUGGCGAGAAUGGAUGGGCAUUCGAGGACAUGAAGUUGAACCCAUUGCUCGGACCAACGGCGACGGUGUUGCUCCAAAUGGGAGCCCAGCGCACCGACUUGAUCUUUGACGGAGAAUGGUGGCGGUUGCUCACGGCGAUGUUUCUUCACGCAGGCUUACUGCACUUGUUUUUCAACAUGCUGGGUCUCUACCAACUUGGCGUGGAGCUUGAAAACUCGUUCGAUCGGCGCCGCAUCGUCUUCAUCUACUUUAGCUCUGGCGUCGUGGGGGCCAUUUGCUCGGCGGUAUUCGUGCCUGACGUGGUCGGCGUGGGAGCAUCGGGAGCAAUUUUCGGCCUUUUUGGAGCAACGUUUGCUGAGUUUAUCUUGAAUUGGGCUUUGUAUGCCAACCGACUUUGUCACAUGACGAACUUGAUCGUGGUCGCAGUUGUAAACUUGGCCAUUGGACUUCUUCCUUACGUUAACAAUUUCGCCCACUUGUCUGGGUUCAUCACGGGUCUUGGGAUGGGAUUUGCCAUCCUGAGUCUGCCCACGUCGCGCGAAGACCGUAUGUUGAACACCCGAUCGCCCCGCCAGCGCCUUUUGGGCAAGUUUGGAGGCGUUUUCACCUUCCUCUUUGCCUUGAUGUUUGUCGUCCUUUUGGCCACUCGCUCGGACGCAUCCAAGUCGUGCUCGUGGUGUAAGUACUUGGAUUGCGUGCCUGCCCCAUGGUGGAACUGCGACACCACUGGUGGCGGCCAGUGCUACGGCCAAAAGUUCAACAAUGGAACGCUGAUCAUCACGUGCCCGAGUGGCCGCAACGUGACGGCGCCCCUUGGCAGCGACUUCACAGCUGCCGUGUGCACUUCCCUAUGCACGUAAUUUAUACACGAUUUUUUCCAUUUGUC